CGAGACUGCAUCCUAAACUAUACGUCAGGAUGUUACGCAGGCGGAGCGAGCUGCCAAUAAAGGGAGGAACUCACUGGUCUUUUCAAAGGUCGGUGUGUCCCCAACCGAGUUAAGUUGCUGGUUCGGAUAAAGAUGCUGUCCUUAGCCGCUCGUUCCGGGGCUUUGUCCCCGUACUUGCAGGCGACCAAUGUAGCUGUGAAUGGAUCCCUCAAAGCUCUGCUCCCCGGAGCCGUGAAGGGAGAUUCACUGCUGAAAUCCAGCUCAAAGACGGCGCCCGCUAUUUCAGCUUGCGUCAGUGGUAAGGUCGCAUUCAGCAAACUAGCUUGCUAGCUGCUGAUCUUGGGCUUACUUUACUUGAACAAUGUAGAUUGUCAUUUUUAACCCGCUUCAAUGUCAGUGAUGUUAUUAUUUUUUUUAAUGGGGGGGGAUUGGUUGUCUCAACUAGACCUUUUGGUACUUUGCUCCUUGGCUUUACAUUUUAGUCAUUUAGCAGACGCUCUUUUCCAGAGCGACUUACAGUUAGUGAGUGCAUACAUUUUCAUACUGGCCCCCCGUGGGAAUCGAACCCACAACCCUGGUGUUGCAAGCGCCAUGCUCUACCAACUGAGCUACAGGUUGAUUAUGGUUGUCUUGUCAACUUCAUGUUAUGUGACCAAGACAUGGCGUCCUGAGCGGUCUUAUGUCAUAACGUCCUGUACAAGAAGCUUCACUAUUACAUAUUAAUACAAACGCAUCAUAAAAUAAUGUAAAAGCAGCUACGUUCUACAUAUCAAACGUUGCACUGUCUAAUAGCCAGCAGAGCCGACCCGCUUGCGUCUAGUGUCAUACAGACUUCCUGUGUAGAUUAAGACACGGCGGUGCGGAUGGGAGAGAUGGCUCAGAAAACGUACCUCAAUCCAGGGAUGAGAAAUGUGGUGUUCUCCGAAUUGUCCAAUUAUCCCAACUGUUAACCGAGCAAAACAACGGAAAGCUGUCCUUUUCGUCCUCAUGCUAGGUAGCAGAAGCUACAGUAGUCAUUUCGGAAUGGCAGUGUCUGCCAAUAGGCCCUUUUCACGUGACGUCAGACAACUUCCGUUCUGCCGCGAUGCAGGUUAUGUUUACAUCCGGUGUCGCUUAGGAACGCUUAGCUAGUAGCACAUCAUUAUGGAGUUCACCCAGUCCCUUUCACAUCUGCCACCAAUACGACUUAAAUAGUAUUUUUACUUAACUGCCAUAUACUUUUACUUUUUUUUGCCAAACAGAUACAUGGUUACUCUUAUUUGUAAUACUAACCAGGAGAAGGACGGCAGGCAUAGUCGUGAUCGUUUGUCACUGCAGGCAAAGCACCCUCUGUGCUGUCAGGCAUCUCAUGAUCAGAAUCAUCCAGGACAGCAACACCAAGACGCUUUCUUGCUCGCUGGUAAACUGACUCCCGAGCUUGUGAGCCGCCUCCUAUAUGUGUGAAAUUAACCAUAUGCUUGUCAUGAUACAUUUUGGUAAUCACUUUUCAGUCCCUAAAAUGACAAAAUGUAGCAGCUAUAUUGCAUCAGGAUUAAAUUAUUAAACAUUUUGUACAAGUAAUAUAUUAUUGGAUUACAGUAGUAUUACGUUUAACGCUGUCUACCUAUCCUUACCCCAAUCAUUCUAGUGGAAUCUAGACGGCACUGAUCCCUGUUUAAUACGGAUCCGUCCACUGGCCGAUGUGUAUCUAUCCUCAGGGGGAAAGUGCUGACUGCAAACAAAGGUGCUCCCACGAAGAAUCUUAAAACUUGGUCCCUCAUCUCUCCUGAUCGCCCUCACCCAACGGGCACGUAUUUCUCCAUCAACAGGGAAAUCGUGAAAACUCAGAUACGGGAAUUUCUGUUUGUUGUUUGAACAAAAUGGUACACUGCAAUAGCAUCUUCUCGAAGAUUGUGCCAUGCUUCGGUGUUGGAUGGGAUACUGUUGCGAUACAGACACCGGGAGAAAAGAAACAGCUAAAUUAACAUUCAGCUUUGACCAGGAAUCAAUAUUUAUCUAGCUAUCAUGCACAACAGUAUUUGAAUAGGUGAGUUACUAUACAUUCAUGAAUAAACUAACUGCCUAACAAAGGGUUAGAUAGCUAGCUAAGUAAACUUGUUACAUUACAGCCAGGCAGCAAUGUAACGCUACCUUUUAACGUUAUCGGUAUCUGGUACUAAGUUGUUGUUAGCUAACGUUAGCCCACUUUUAAGUAACUAAGGCAGUGAACAAUUAUGAAUUAACAAUAACGUUAGCAAGUUACAAACCAUUGCAUAUACGUAAACAUUAUUACUCUUAACUUUACUAAUUUAACUUAAACGUACCUUUUGGAAUUUCUUCAAGUAGCUAGCUUGCUAGUUAGUGGUCAACAGUUGUAUUUUCGUUGAGAAGUCUCAGGUUACGGGCGAACGGAAGUGAAGUUAACCUGCUACGCGGAAAGGCGGAAGUUAGAUGACGUCAUCGUGAAAAGGGCCUAUCAGCUCCUUUGUUGUUCAACGUGACGUGUCUCCAUAAAGGCUGCGGUGGCUUAUGCUAGCUAGAAAGGACUGGAAAAUCUGGUCCACUUUCAGAGUUUCGCGCGCGUAGAAAGUGGAGCCGAGGAGUCAGAAAUAUUGGCGAGUUGUGCGGACGAAAUUGAGAAAAAGUUGAUGAAGCAACAGCUGUGCUGGAAUGCGAACAAUAUGGGUGUCAGUUCUGAUGGUAUGGCGCGGGAGGAGGACCGGAAUCGUCAGUAGUGGAAAGAUUUGGAAGAAGAGUGCUCAUGAUGCAGUUGAGCGUCUCAUAAAGAAAGCAUAAAGAGGGCCAAGGUAGGAAGCAACAGUAAUGAUAUGUUGGAGUGGAAAGUGGUGAUGGUGUUUGAUGAGUCCACAGGGCCUCACUUACACCAUAUCCGACUAACUAAUAAUGCCCUAGAGAAAGAGGUAGGUGAAGUGAAAUUAGCUCGGUUCAUUGUAAAUGGUAGAUUGCUAAUAUUUUGUGGUAGCCAGGGUCAGCAAGAGAAUAUUCUGAAAAUGGAACGCUUAAUGGGAAGAAGAUUAAAAGCCAUGUCCCAGGUGCUUAUGCUAGAUUGAGGUGAGUCAUCACUGGGGCCCCAAUAUCUAUGUCCAUAUUAAAGAAAAUGUGAUUGAGGCCAAAAGGUUGAUCAGUAGGAAAGAAGGUCAAAGACGUGAAAGCCAGUUGCAGAGGUUUGAGAAGGUUAUGCCUGGGAAAGUACAGAUAGGAUUCCUUCGUUUCAAUGUCUGAGGAUUCGUCCCAUCCCCAUUGUGGUGUUUUAAAUGCCAAAGAAUGGGACAUGGAGCUGUUCAAUGUAAAGGAAGGAAAAUAUGUGCCAAGUGUGGAGGGGAACAUGGUUAUGGUGAAUGUGGGAGCAAUGUGAAUGUAAAUGGGGGGGGGGACAUUGGUGGAUGACCGGUGCAGAGACAGGCUAGAGAGGCUCAGAGAUAUAGAAUAAGUCAUGAUGUAUCAUAUGCAGAGGCUGUAAGACAGAUUGGUGGAACUACAGUGUGGAAUGAUGGAGCUUCCAUGGCUGCUCCUUUAGUAAAUGGACCUAAUGUCGGGGCUGGUGUUUCUGCUGGUCCUGGCAUGGUUUGGAGGCCUGUUCAGAAAUCUUGCGCUCAUGAAUGUGCGGUGUCAAAGGACACUUUGAUAAUGAAUAAAGUUGACAUCAUAGCUUUUAUUGUUAAGGUUAUCAAUACAACUCGGGUUGUGGAAAGCAGAAAUGCCAGGUUGAAGGUUUAUUGUGGAGGCGGCAAAAGAGAUAUUAGGGGUAACAGAUGUUACUGCUGAAAUGGUUAACAUGCUGAACAAUCCUAAGGGUGGCGUGUUUCAGCAUGAUAUAGAUCAAGUUUAAUGGGGUUGGGGAGGGGUUUUGGGGGGAGGAUGUGGUAGAAGUAGUAUGGAUUUAAUUGGUUUUUAUUUUCAUGGUAGUACGGAAUUGGGCAGAUCAUGAUUGAUCGUACAUUCCAGCACAGUAGGUGGCGGCAUGCACUUAAACGAUUGUUUGCAGACCGCCAUGAUAUAGAAGGAGCUAGCUAGCUAGCAAGAGGACGAAAACGGCAGUUUCCGGAAAAACUAUAAAUCGUUCAAUCUUCUCAUGUAACAGUUGGGAUAAUGGGACAAUUUGAAUCACAACACAUAUCUCAUCCCUGGAUUGAGGUAUGUUUUCCGAGCCAUAUCUCGCGCCGACUCCGGGGAACUCCUCUACACAGGAACUCUGUCCGACCCUAGUGCAGCUGUAAGCAAGCGGGUCGGGUCUGCUGGCUACACUGUCUGCAUGAUCUCAAGUCACAUUGUUGCCUUAGAUGUACCACAGCUUUGAUUAUCAUCACUCUUAUGUGUGAAGAACCUGUCUAAUAACUCAAACCAUAUUAAGUGUGAACAUAAUGUUGUUGCUAUUUUGCAUAAUAUAUGUCUCAUAUGCAGCUCCUGGUGGAAUUUGCAUGGCCCACACAGACAUCAAGGUCCCAGACUUCUCUGACUACCGUCGUCCUGAGUUGCUGGACCCCAAGAAGUCCUCUCAGGAGAGCAGCGAGUCCAGGAAGACCUUCUCCUACCUGGUCACUGGGGCCACAGCCGUGGUGGGCGUCUACACAGCCAAGACAGUGGCCACCCAGUUCAUCUCCUCCAUGAGCGCCUCAGCCGACGUGCUGGCCAUGUCCAAGAUCGAGGUGAAGCUGGGAGAGAUCCCAGAGGGCAAGAACAUGACCUUCAAGUGGAGGGGCAAGCCUCUGUUCAUCCGCCACCGGACUGAGAAGGAGAUUGCCACAGAGGAAGCCGUGGAUAUGGCCAUGCUGCGUGACCCCCAACACGACAAGGACCGCGUAGCCAACCCCAAGUGGAUUAUCGUGAUCGGUGUCUGCACCCACCUGGGCUGUGUGCCCAUCGCCAACGCCGGAGACUACGGAGGCUACUACUGCCCCUGCCACGGCUCCCACUACGACGCCUCAGGGAGGAUUAGGAAGGGACCCGCGCCUCUCAACCUAGAGGUGCCCUAUUACGAGUUCCCAGACGACGACACAGUUGUUGUGGGAUAG